CCAUCAACAAUUAAUAUCAGAGUUGAUGGUUCAAUUUAGUGAUCAGCUCGAACAAGUAAGAUGUGGAUCUUUGACUUGAGGAUCCUUUAUAUCGUAAGUCUUCUUGAUGUUGGUCUAGGCGAUGUGUCUCGUGGAUGUAGUGGCGGUGCAAAUAUCUAAAGCAUGUGGGUUCUAAUGGCCACCAUGAAAAUACUCGUGGAUGAAAAUUACUUCCGCUCGAAAGAAAGACUAUCAUGUGAAUGAGACUAACAUUUGAGGGAAAGAUUAUUGGAUUACAAGUAUGAGGUGAAGUCUCAUAUCGUGUAAGAAUAAAAAAGUUUGAGCACCAUAUAAGUUAAGACAAGACUCAUAAGGCAAAACUUUAAGGUUUUUGGUUAAAGUGUGGUGUCUUCACUUAUGUGGUUGCUCAUGACUCAUUGGUAUAAAUCUUUCUGGUUUUACCCUUCUCGAUUCCACAACAGAAAGUCUUUCAGCGAAAGCAUCACCAUGGCAUGUAGGAAUUGCUGUUUGUGGCUUACUGCUCUGGGAUAUAAUAUGAAACAGCAGAAAUUGUGAGGAGCAACAGACCACUUGAGAUAGUUUAACUCAGCUGCAGGGAUGGAUCUGUGGGGUGCUCAUCAUCGACUUUUGUUCAUUGGUCGGCAUGAGGAAGAUGGAACUCCUGAUACUUCUAUGGGAGAGGAAUCAAACGAUGAAGAAGAAAAAAUAAUUAAAACUGAACCCGUCUUUGUGCCUGAAAUUAAGAAAAGGAAACGCCUUAGCCUUAGUCAGCUUAAAGAGGUGAAAGAGGAGUCACAUGGGAAGCAAAGCAGUAGCAAGCCUAAGAGAAAGAAGCAUGAUAGUAGGGAUAGAUGGUCAGCUGAGAGGUAUCAAUUGGCUGAGCAAAACAUGUGGGAGGUACUAAAGGCUGAAGGGGCGUCAUUUGAAAACCCAAUAACCCGACCUGCACUAAGAUUGGCUGCCCGCAAACACAUUGGAGAUACUGGACUUUUAGAUCACUUACUGAAGCACAUUGAUGGUAAAGUGGCACCUGGAGGGACUGAGAGAUUCCGAAGAUGGUUCAACACCAAUGGAAUCAUGGAGUAUUGGUUGGAGAGUGCUGACUUGGACAAGGUGCGCCAGGAGGCAGGGGUGCAGGACCCUUUCUGGAUACCGCCAUCUGCAUAUAGGGCAGCCGGUGCCCCUUCCCAAAAUAUUGAUUCUUCUGAUGAAUUGAAACAGCUUAAAAUAGAACUGACACAAAUGAAGAAAGAUAUGCAUGAGCUCAUUGCCAAGAAGGAAGAGAAAAGUGAUAUUAACAUGAUGGAGGAGACACACAAGGAAUUUGUGAAGUGGAAAUUUAUGACUGACCAUCGCCUUACUGAAAUCAUGACUUCUUUGAAGGAUGUUCAGGGAAAGUAUGGUGAAUUGAUGAUUUGGAAAACUACAGUUGCGCAACAACUUAUGGAAAUAACUAAUAAAUUGAAUGAUCUUCAAGCAUCUAGGGAAUGCACCACUUAUAGUCCUCCUUCAGAAAGGUGGAAAGAUUGGAUAGAAAGCACCAACCUAGACAAUAUUCAGGAAGAUGCAUUUGCUACUUGGAUUGGGAAUCCAGAGCUACUUAAUGUUCCACAAGAGGUUAUACUUGAAGAUCCCAACACGACCAUGCCAACACAGCCACCCAGUGAAGAACUGACUAACAAGAAGAGCGAUGUGCUGGAGUUAGUACCUGUAAAACUAGAAGAUCAACCAAAUGUAACCCCUGAUUCUUCUACAACUGUUAAUUCGAAGUCAGACCUUGACAACUCAUUGAUUAUGUUUCAGGAGAUGUUUAUGGAUUUAUACAAAUGGAAAGAGAAAAUGGAACAGCAGCUGAUGGAGGUAUCGAAUACUGUAUAUGGUAUGCUUGCAAUGAAGUAGACAUCACUCCGAAGUAUCGAGGCUAAGAUAGGAUAUAACCACCGUUUCGUUCUCAAGUUUUCUUUGUUACUCUUAAAACUGGUAAAGUUUAGAUAUUGUACAGCAUUAACAAUCUGAUCCUGAAAAUCUAUGCCAACCACUAAGUUCACAGAAGAGGUUGAGUCUCACCCUGCUGGCUGAGCUGCAAAUUGUCGAUAUGUCUGACUGGCCUUUUACAGUAUACUUGGCCUUUUAAAUUGAAUGACUUAAGGUAGGUCUUCAGUGGUAAUGAAAUUGGUUGUUUUCUCAACUUAUUGGGUAAGAUUAUGAGUUCCUUUAGUAUAGGUCUUUAGGUAGGCUACCCGUAUUUAACGUAUUAGCUGAAACUAUCUUGUUAGAGCUUGUACUUAACCUAUUUGGUAACAAGUUGCCAUAUAUAUAUAUAGAAUUUCUACAAUAUCGUUCAGCAUA